GGUCAAGGAAGAUUUCCCGCCAACCAGCUGAUCGGGUUAAUGAUUGCUACAUGUUGUAUUUUAGGCUAGUGCCUGGACUUCGGCGUGUCUGGUUACAGCCCACUUUAUUUCAGGCUACAGAAGGUCGGGGUCGCAAGUUAUAUUGCAGUAUGGCGGAGGCAAGUCCAAGCUAUGAAGACAUCCAGAAACUCAGUGACUUCAUCUUGACUAAAACCAAGCAUCGGCCGAAGAUAGCAGUGAUCUGUGGCUCUGGGCUGGGUGGCCUGGCUGACAUAGUGGAGGAUCAAAAUGCCAUCGACUACUCCGAGAUCCCAAACUUUCCCAGGAGCACCGUGCCUGGUCACAAAGGCCGGAUGGUGUUCGGUCUGCUGGCGGGGAAGACUGUAGUCUGUAUGCAGGGCCGCUUCCACCCUUACGAGGGAUACCCUCUGUGGAAGGUUGCCCUGCCAGUACGUGUGUUUAAGCUGAUGGGUAUAGAGACCCUGUUCGUGACGAACGCGGCCGGUGCCCUGAACAGCAGUUUCAACGUGGGUGACAUCAUGCUCAUGAAGGAUCACAUCAGCAUGCCAGGCCUAGCCGGGGACAACCCACUCAAGGGGCAUAAUGAGGACAGGUUUGGGCCCCGUUUCCCAGCAGUGUCGGAUGCGUACAACAGCGAGCUGCGCCAGAUGGCGCGGGACAUCGGGAAGGAGCUGGGGUUCGAGUCGUUCAUGCAGGAGGGGGUGUACGUGCAGGUGGGGGGGCCGUCGUACGAGACCAUCGCCGAGUGUAAGCUGCUCCGUAUGCUGGGGGGAGACGCAGUGGGAAUGAGCACUGUCCCUGAGGUCAUCGCAGCAAGGCACUGUGGGAUCCGUGUGUUCGGAAUGUCGCUGGUUACCAACAUGGUGGUGAUGGACUACGACACGAAGGGAACCGUCAACCACGAGGAGGUUCUGGAAACGGGGCGCCGCCGCGCUCAGGACAUGCAGAAACUCGUCUCCAAGAUGAUUGGUCAACUGUAACUUGGGCAGCUCUGGUCGGAGAAGGAAACCCGUGUUACAAAGAGUGCCUAUUCUAGUUGAAAAAAAAACUUGGUCAGAUUUGUAUACGACUGCUGACUCAGUCAUUCUCCUAAGCAGAGACAUCCAAUGGCGCCAGCAAACCGCCCCUUGUCUGUACUCUGCUAUCUCAACCGUCACCAUCAGUUCCUGACCGCCCUGCUUAUAAAUAUUAAUGAGAUUACUCUUAUAUUUGCGAGAUCCCUUUUGAAAACUGAAAGGCCAUUCUCUGAUUGGCUGAUAGCUGGUUUGUGGCGACGCCCACAGGAACUGAUGGUGACGGUUGAGAUAGCAGAGUACAGACAAGUGGCAGUUUGCUUGCGCUGUUGAAUGUCUCUACGUAGGAGAAUGGACUCAGUGUAAACUAGUAUAAUUCGAGAGUGUAACACAAAGAAGCUCACAGAGCACAGCUUAUUGUAAAUGUAUCAAGAUAUGAGUGACAUGUUCUUCACUGACUUGUAAGAAUUGUCUUGCUAUGGUACAUGUAUUUCCUUUGGUUUUAUGUCACCAAUGACACUAAAAUACAAUAGUUCUUGAUGACAAGCAAACCUCUCACUGCACAAGCAAACAAUCACAAGUAAUUACUCAAUGAACAUAUACAUAAUUUUAUACAAAAUACAUAUACAUACCUUAUUCACCCUUCUGAUGUUAUUGAACGUUGAAUCUUACAAAUCAUACAUCCAGUUCUUGAUUCCUGUCACCAGGUUAAUUUUUUUACUAUGAAAUCAUAUAGUAGACACAACAAAAUAAAGAGAGUUAGGCUGAAAUCUGAUACAGAAUAAGAAUAAAGAUGUUGAUAAGAAAA